UCACUGAGGGCACGCACAUACACAGAUCCUCUCACAUACACACUCACAGCUGUUGAUACUUCUCUAUCUGAUGAACGCUGGAGCAGCCAAGACGGGGAGACUGUAAGAAUCUGGGAGAAUCUGCUGUCUGCUGGCAGCUUCACCGAGGAGCAUUUAUAUGGAAAAUCUGCAGGGACGCGUGGACAGACUGGUUUUCUGAUCGCCGCCUGGUUAUUCGUAUCCCGCUCUUUCUCUCUCGUCUCUCCCGGCUUCUUUCUGGGACUCACUGGUGGAAUUUGUGCACGGGCACCAAGCAGCAGUGAAAAACAGAGACAUGUGUUUUGCCUCAGCUGCCUACUACUACUCCCCAUUCUCUCCCAUUCACUGACCACGUAGGAAAUAAACACAAGCCUCGGGGUUCAGGCUUCUUCCUGAAGAGAGAGAGAAAAACCAUAAAUCAGUCACACGCCAAUGUGACAGUCAGAGUGGCAGCUGUAGAGCAAGCAAGUGAGGUGAAACAGGCAUGAGUGCGGACAGCCAUCAGGGGGUGGUGACCACCCCUCCUCCGCCUGGUGGAGGUACUAAGGAGCGCUACUUCGACCGUGUCGACGUGAAUGAUCCGGAGUACAUCAGGGCCAGGAACAUGUCUCCCGACCUCCGACAGGACUUCAACGUUUUGGAGCAGAAGAAACGUGUCACACAGAUACUACAGAGCCCCGCUUUCAAGGAGGAAUUGGAGAGCCUGAUCCAAGAGCAGCAACGGAAGGGGAACAACCCCACUGGCCUGCUGGCCCUCAGGCAGAUCGCAGACUUCUUUAUGGCCAGCACAGUUGCCGGUUUCAACACUUCCCCCCUCAGCCUGGGGAUGGUCACUCCCAUCAACGACUUGUACGGAGUGGAAUCCACCACGAUGGUGAAAGGCGAGAAGCUGACACGUUGUAAACUGGCCAGCCUCUACAGACUGGUGGACCUGUUCAGCUGGGCACACUUCGCCAACUCCUACAUCACAGGCCGAGUCAGUAAAGAACAAGACCACAUCCUGAUCAUCCCCAGAGGACUCUCAUUUGCUGAGGCAUCUGCUUCAAACCUGGUGAAAGUCAACAUCAUCGGGGAUGUGAUCGACCAGGGCUCCACCAACCUGAGGAUCGACCCCGCAGGUUUCAGCCCCCAUGCUGCCAUCUACUCCAUGCGUCCAGACAUCCGCUGCAUCAUACACGUGCACACUCCUGCCACAGCAGCUGUGUCAUCUAUGAAGUGUGGUAUCCUGCCCAUUUCCCAAGAGGCGCUGAUCUUGGGUGAUAUUGCCUACUACAACUACCAGGGCAGUCUGGAUGAGCAGGAUGAGCGCAUAGAGCUACAGAAGGCCCUGGGGCCAACAACAAAGGUUUUGGUGCUGAGGAAUCACGGCGUGGUUGCUCUCGGGGAGACCAUCGAAGAGGCCUUUCACUACAUCUACAGCGCUCAGUAUGCCUGUGAAAUCCAGGUUAAUGCCAUUUCUUGUGCUGGAGGUGUGGACAACCUUAUAGUGCUGGACCAGGAGAAGUACAAAUCACGAGUGUUCGCCGUCGCCUCGGCGGGUGCUAUCAACAUGGCUGGGCAAUACAAGUGGAAAAUCGGUGAGCUGGAGUUUGAGUCUCUGAUGAGGAUGCUGGAUAAUCUGGGCUACAGGACAGGCUAUGCAUACCGGCACCCCAUCAUCCGGGAGAAGCCGAGGCACAAGAGCGACGUCGAGAUCCCCGCCACGGUUACAGCGUUCAUGUUCGAAGAGGACGCGGAUAGUGGUGCAACACGGCUGCCCUUCAAGUUUCUCCAGCAGCGGCAGCAGAGGGAGAAGACACGCUGGCUCAAUUCACCCAACAGCUACACCAAGGUCAGCGUAGAAGGUGGAGAGGAGCGCUACAACAGCCGGACAACCACGUGGAUGAAGGCAGAUGACCCAGGAACCCCAAUUCGUAUCGAGGAUCCCAAUCAGUUUGUCCCUCUCAACACAGAUCCCACUGAAGUGCUGGCGAAGAGGAACAAAAUCAGAGAGCAGAACCGGCUUGAUGUGAUGUCAUCAGGGCCGCGGUCUCAGCACCUCGCAGGCAUCCCUGUCGAUGAACCGCGAAAGGAUCUGGUGCAGAUAAACGUUCUGGUAAAUACCAACCCAUACGUGCCCACAGAGGAAGAGCAGAUGGCUCCCCUGCCUCCCAACCCUUUCAGUGAGUUGUCAGAGAAGGCGCUGGAAGAGUAUCGCAAGAACGUGGAGAGAAGGCAACUGGGCCUCAGCGAUGGCGAGCACGAGCUAACCUCUGACGAUGGCUCCACUCUCUCUCAGUCUCUGUCUGUCACCCAGUCCCCGCAAAGCACUUCAGCUAAAGAAGAGAACCACACAGGACUGAUGAACGGUAAAAACGACCACGGGGACGUGGACGAGGAGCUGUCAAAGCGCGUGAGCCAGCUGACCACCAGCGUCGAGAGCGUGGAGAUCACCGUGCGCUCCGGGGAGAAAAUCGAAGAGGCCCUGUCCCCCGAGAGCUCGCCCUCCAAGUCGCCCAACACCAAGAAGAAGAAGAAGUUCCGCACCCCAUCCUUCCUGAAGAAAAACAAAAAGAAAGAGAAGACGGAGGCUUGAGAGCGAGCAGGCAGCAGGGGGCGAGGCAGACGGGGAGAUCAUCUGCAUAGAAGAAUGAGGGGCAAGCAAACCCCCGUUUUCUGUUUAAUAAUGUCUGUUUUUAUUUUGUUUUAAAUGUCCUUUUAUGUUUUUAAUUUUAUUUGUUUUUUAACAAAAGGUUUUAUGUGCAAAAGGCAGAGGAAACGAAUUAACAAAAAUCUGUUUGUAAUAAAAAAAGAGACGUUUUCUCCUUCUGCAAAAAGACAAGAAAGCUUAGGGGUUUGGGGUGGGCAAGUGAGGCCACAGAUUAAAACUGCAACAGAUGUGGGGUGGCUAGGGCUGGUAGUGGGGUGUCUGCACACCUGACCUCCUGUGCAGGGCUUUAACGGGGCUCCUUGAAAGUGUCAUUGAAGGCCGGUUUAGAUCCUGAGUUUUUGGCUACUCCUGUGAUUAUUCCCGGGUUGAAAAAUGGAACGUGAAACCACGUUGUUUUUUUUCUUGCUUCAAAUAAUUGGAAUGCAGCCCGAGUGUUGUAAAACUGCACACGUUUAAAAGAAACGCUUUUUUUCCUCCCCUUCUAAGACCUUCCAGCCCUUUUACCUCCUCCUUCUUCUUCUUUUUUUUUUUUUUUAUAUCCCGGUCACCUGACUCUGCAUACGGAACAGCGAGACCACAUAAAAUUUCAAGUCACACUGGAAAACUGGUCUCAGAGGGAAAAAGAAAACAGCCACAGGGUUUGUGUUGAUUUAUUUACUGUGAGAGAGGCUCUCUCACGCUCUUCAGGCUACUGUAGGCACAGGCUUCUGACAAAAACCUUCUUUUCAGCUUGUUGUGGUUGAACUACAGAUGAGUUUUAAGAGUAGAGACAGUGAGGCUGACAGUCUAUCACAACUUUUAUCUGAGAGAGAAUAUUUAUGUAGCAUUUUUUUUUUUCAUCUUGUCCUUUUCAUCUCAGUGUUUGUUGGUUUUUUGCCAAAUUAAUGGGAGGAAAAAACAAUCUCAUCUUAAGCAAGCAUCUCUAUUUCUAGUUUGUCAUCUCAUUUUUACUGAACACAAAUUUGGUAUUAGUUGACUGUUUUGUACUCAUUUCUAAGCUUCUACAGAGAAUACAGAUGUUAUGCAUGAUUUCUCUUUUUUUCCUGUUUUCUUUUUUUUGCAGCAACUGAAUUUAUUUGGCUGUCUUCUGUAGUGAUGCCUGAUUUUUUUUUUUUUUUUUUUUUCAAAUUAUAUUCUAACCUUCAGAGUACACAAAGUUACUAUAUAACACAGAUAUAUGAAAACUGGAUAUGUUGGCUAUAGAUUUAUUUUCUCGUUAGCUAUAUAUUUUUUAUUUCAUGGUGCAGCACUUUUUGUGGUAUAUAACACAUUUUAGUUGCAAGUGGUUUCACCAGUGAGGAGGAUCGUGAAGUAAUUUGGUAAAAGUCGUGCAAGUAGAAAGCGAGGCAUGGUGUCGGGGAGCGGUCAGGACCCAGAAAGUGAGUUGAAUGAAGACGGACAGAAUAAUCUUUCAUUGGUGUCACACGUGAGAAAAUAUUACUGUGCUCAAGCAGCGUUUCUGCUAAACGCAGUCCCCAGCUGCGAUGGGAAGCAUGGGUCAUGGAGAGUAGAGCGGUGACGUCUUUUUGUUUGGUGUGUUUGUGCGUGCGUGCGUGUGUUUUUAAGCCAUAUUGUAAUUUUUUUCCUCCAUUAUUUUAAUAAGACAAGGGUUGUGAUUCUUAUCUGCCUGCUCAGGCGUCAUAGACCCUAAUAAGAACUCUGUUAAAUCACCCCAGUGACUGCAUCGACACCCCUCAGGCACCUCAAAACUUUAUUAUUUUAUUUUAUAUUUUUGCAGUGGCUACACUCACAGCAGCUACGCCUCCUUGCUUAAUUUGCUGUUUUAUUUCCUCCAAGAACUGGAACAUCAUUAGGAGGUCAUAGGACAUUUUAUUUUUUUAUGAUUCCUUUCCGGGCCCGGUCAUUAUUUCAGCUUCUAAAGCCUCCCCUCCUGUAAUUUCUCUUCUAAACACGAUCCUGUUGUAACUGGCAGAUGACCCACAGUUGAACUCAGCAAAGCCAAAGUGUGAUGGGUUGCUGCAUAUCCUCCCCCCUGCAGUUUAACCAGAUGUACCAAUAUCCCAGCUAGCAAUGUGAAGUAUUGGAUUUGGAGGGAGUGCGGGAGGGUUUAGGGGCACAUCUUUAGCCGUGUUAAACGAUAGCUUUUGGCUCCGGGCGAAGAACUGAGGUCACACAACUGAAAGAUGGAGAAAGAGAGGAAAUGGAAGUGCUUAUCUGUGUGUAGUAGACAGGAGCAGGGGAAAAGGACAACCUGAUACUAACACACCAUAUUUUCACCACUCAGAUGUUGUUUUUUUGGUUUUCUUUGAUACAUCGCUCCUCCAGGAAAUCUUUUUUCAUCCUCCAUUUGUAUCGCAGUACGGUUUUUUUUUUUCUUUUUUUUUAAGUUUGCAGAACGCAUUAGGUGGUGUUUUUUUUUUUUUUUUUUAUUAACCCCUUUUUUUCUUUUUUAGCAAAAUUGCUUCCAGAUGAACUGAAUUUGCAUCACAUCCUUUUUAUUUUCUCAUCUGUUUUUGACUGUUUGCACCUUGCUUUGCUAAUGUCUCACCCUCUUUUUUUUCUUUUUUUUUUUUCUGUUCAACACAAAAAAACAAACCAAAAAAAAAGUAAACAAACAAAAAGAACGAGUUUUGCUUUGGCAUGCCAGAAUGAGCCAAGCUACUUUGUGACCUGUGAAAAUCCUAUAUAAAUGGUUAUCUAAUGGAGUUGCUUUUAGAUGUAUUGCUAAUCUGUGUAAAUUCACAAAUAAAACUGUAUUUUAAGAACCCGA